ACGCCUCUAUACGGACCUGGGAGCGAUCUUCUAUCACUUCUGCCUCUGCCAACCCCUCUUCACCAUAACAAAGCACCCUCUGCUCUAUGUCAGAGGGGUGGUUCCUUCGGCGUGUUUCCAAGCCUUGUCCAGGCUCCAUUCCCUGUGUCACAGCAAGAGGCUGAGGGAUGUAAUCCGUGGGGACCUGCUGCCCUCCCCAGAGAUGGUCACCCUCUUGAGUCACGGCUACGGAGCUCCCCUAGCUCCUGAGGAUCUCUGCGCUCCGAAACCUCCUUUGCCAUCACUUUCCUCUGAUGAUAACACCCUGCCAGGAGAAGUGAGCAGAGUGAAACAGGCAGUGGAUGUGCAGCAGAAGAAAGAAAGAGCAGACAAAAUGUCUCUGGAGAGAAACCCUGUUGGGAAUCAAGGAAAGAUGAAAAAGCCAAAGUUUGAAGCUUUCAGGAUUUCUCCUGUUGAUGGCAAAUCUGUCUUUAACUACAGCUGCCAGAGCCUGAAUUCUGCAGAACUUGCAAAGAAGUGUCUUCGCUGGGAAAUGGCAAAGGAACCAAAGAAGAGAUUCACUUAUUGUCAUGAGUAUCUGUCAGCCACAUUUGACCCGGUGGAUGUGGAUGCUGCCAGUGAGGAAUUCCUUGCAAAAUCCAAGAGUAUGUGGCUGUCACCAGAUGGAUUUGUAUUUCCUGGAUUUAAGAGCAGCUUUGAAAGCAACUUGCACCCUCGGAUGCCUGAUGAAGCACGUGUGGAGGAGUUAAGGGAGAAAUGGCAGGAGAAUGCUCUGCACGCUAACCUGAGGCCCGUGCUGCCACGAGACAGAUGGGGCUGGGACAAACGGCACAUUGAUUUCGAUCUCUAUAAGAAGCCACCUGAGCACUUCAUGACAACAGCCCCACGGACUGUCCGUUGUUGGCCUUGUGAAGAUGCUGCUCAGAUUCUGCAAACUGCCUCUGACGAUACCGAGCUGGAAGCUCACCAGGGCUCCAGGGCAGCCCAGUCUGGGCCACGGGCCAGGCUCCAGCCUCAGAAGCUCCGAGGACUUCUGAAAGAUGAGCCUGGGAAGUUGUCACUGGGGAGGGCAGGGCCAGUUUGGAAGCCCAUCCCCGCGCUGCCGGCGCUGGGCAGCCAGCCCAGUGGGACCAGUGACCUCCUGGGAAGCAGGAACAGCAUCACUGGUGGCUUUGCACCAGGUCCUGGUGACCAGCACAGCCUGAAGCACCACAGGAACGGAGAGCAUGGGACCUUUGGAGAACUCCAGGGCACAGAGUUGCGGUAA